AUGAACUUGUGGGAAUUGCCCACAGAUAUCCUUGACUUGGUACUUAUACAUCUCUCCAUAGAAGAUUAUGUACAUCUACUACAAACAUGCAAUAGACUUCGACGUGUGCUCGAUAACAAACAUCUGUACCUGAUACUUUGGAAAGCCAGCUUUGCCAGCACCUUGGAAGCCUAUGAGUUUCCAUACGAAGAUCUACAGACAGAAACAAGCAUUGACAAGCUAUAUUCUUCCAUCAAGGAACUUGAAGCUAUCCUCAUUCGUAUCCAGAAGUCUUUGGAAGGACUUGGAGAUGAUGUAAAGCCAGAAACUUCUACUAAGAUAGACAAUCUACUUAACUUUGUCUUCUCAGAACUUGCCAUCGACGAGUCUCUCUUUGUUCCGAUCGUCUACUUGGCCGACAAGUACCGGAAAGAAUUCCAUCGGGCCACCGAAAACACCACAGGUUCCUACAACAUCUCGCAUAUGUGUUGGACCAGGCAACUUUUGCAACUUCAGAACGUCAACAUGGCGGUGAAGUUUCUUCAGAACUCGCAGCCAGAGCAUGGGACCGACUUUGAAAAGUUUUUGUUUGAAAUGAGCCGGUUCGACUUUGGCUUUCCCGAGCUUUCAAAGGUCAGAAUCGCACAGAUUAAGAAAUUGAAGCAACGUGCUCGCUCCAUGAUUCCCAUUCCAAAUGGGAAGUUGAUGUUUGCCAAUGAACACCAUUUCCUAAGAUUUGUGGGCUCAUUAGCGAACAGAUUGUCGGGGCUUAUUGAGCGUCGUCCACAUCGAAAUUCCACAGACCAAUCAACCGGAUUGAAUGUUCUCCGAGAGUACCAUGGUCAGAACGCCGAACCUACAAUCUUGCGUGUGGCCAUCAUCUCAAAAAUCUUGCAGGAGGAGGUAUUUGAAAAGCAUAGUUUUCAGAUUGGCUCGGAAAUCCACACGUUCACACCCAAACUUUCACAGCAUUUGAUCAUGUUUGGAAAGUACAGACUUCGAAUUAGGACAAACACUACAGGUUUCGUUGCUGAAAACGGACCACUGGCCAACCCAGCCGAGGAGAGAAUCUUGACAAUGGGAUUGGAUUAUGGCAAGGCUUUGGCGUUGUGUACUACCUUCAAGACUCCAUUCAACAAUCUCGACGAGUACAUGGAUAACAUCAUGUAUUCAGAGGUGGCCGAAAUCAAUGUUGACAAAGAUUACUGGUUGAACUCACUAAAGUUUAUGGAAACGCUUUUGAGCGACAAUACUGUGGAUCUCAAUGGACUCGUCGAAAAUGACUUGGUCUUUUUCGUAGGAAUGGCUCGCCGUCGCCAACCAUUGAACUUUCAAUGGACAAGAUACAUCAUGGACAAGCUGACACUGGGACAUGAAACACAUCAAUUUAGCAGGUUCGAGGAGCAAGGACUAAUUGCAUUUGACGAUAGAGGCGAUAAAUACGGAGUCAUUGUAGACAUUUGUACGGACACCGAACAUCCUACAUUUCUUGCUUACACACAUAAUGGAAAGCUUCUGACAUUUGAUGCAUCGGACAUCGAGCUUUUACACCACAUCUCCCCCAAAGCAUUACAGGGAUUUCUAACGUCGCAGGGCUUCAAUUUCAUGGGCAUGUUCUACUUGACCGAAAUGAGAAUUGAUAAUGGAGAGUACAGGCUCUUGCAGGCGGAUAGUCAGAAAGAAGUAUAA